UGCCCUGAUGAGCUGUUCAAUCGGCUGUGCCAUUCGAAUUGCGCGGUGUUCCUGAAGACCUUAAAAGAGAUCAACAUAGCAUUCCUUCCCGUGGAAUCUCGUGUAUUCUCAUUGGAUUCUCCCGUCAGUUUUCAAUACUACUUCAAUCCCACAGCGCGACAACAAGGACAAGGUCAACAGCUGGAGAGAAUAGCCGAACAGAUUGCCACACUUUGCGCUACUCUCGGGGAGUACCCACUCAUCCGUUUCCGCAGCCAGUACGAAAAAAACGCGGAAUUCGCACAGUUGGUACAACAAAAGUUAGACGCUUACAAGGCUGAUGAUCCACAAAUGGGUGAGGUAAGUCCGAAGAUUUAUUUGCAGUCUUUGUCCAUCGGUUUAAUUAAUGCGUUCUUUGACUCCACACCGGUUCUGAUUGAAAAAUAA